AUGGCGAGUUUCGCGUCCUUCGGGGGGUCCUCCCCUCCCCCUCCUCCGCCUGCGGCAGCUUACACACCGGCGACAUAUGGCCCGAUCUCAAAUCCCCAGAUCCACGGAGUGACACCCACAGGUUCGGGUGCGGAUAAAACCAGCUGGGGAGUGCGGUUCAACCAGAACCAAGCUCCACCGUUGCCGCCUCGGCCGUCCAGCACAAAUGAGCAGCCAUACUCCCAUGUUCAGUCGCAGCCACAGUCGCAGCCUCCCGCAGUGAAUACCGGUUUUCACUACGGAUAUCAGCCCCCCGCCGCUCACCCCUCUCCGCCUCCAUACACUCCUAAUCUUCCAAGCGGCGUCCCUCCGCCGCCGCCAAAGAUCCCUCAGCAUGCGCCAGCUCAACAAAGUGGCCGCCCAGAGCGGCCACCGCUCCUUGCUCAAGGCUCGGGGCCAGCUGCGAUGACUGGGUCUUAUGUUUUCCGGCCUGCGUCUGUAAUCAACACAAAUGCGCCAUCCACGAGCGCAUCGGCCUUGGGCCCGGGCACACCCUCAGACUGGGAGCAUCUAGGUCCUACUCCCGGAGAUUUCGAUGAUGCGGCUUGGUUUCCACCAAGACAAACUUCUCCGCCUCACGAUGUCGCUCCACCACCUUCUAGCAUCUCGGGCGGCAUGCCCAACAUAUCCGCAGUAAAUGAGCACUCGCAGUAUACCCAUCCGAGAACUGAUACAAAUGAGACGGUUCCAAGUUUCAGCUCUGGAGUCCAUGGGUCGGGAGCUGGUAGUUCGGAUUCUCCCAUCAGUCCAUGUACAACCCAUGGCAUGCAAACACCCCCUCCACCGACUCGUGUGGAUAGCGACAACUCUGUUGUCUCGGGUGAUGGACGCUCGGAAAGUAUUGAUAAUGUGAUAGAUGCGUGGGUCCGACCAUUGUCACCUCCCUCUCAACCAGUUCAACCUGCGUUCCAGGUCCCGACAUCACAGCUGCAGGUUGUCUCUCAAUUUGAACAAACUAUUCCAGCCAAGGAGCCUGAUUCGACACAGAAUGUUGUGUCAUCUAUUGCACCGCCUACUGAGCAUGUGGUGCCAAACUCAACGGCUCCUGUACCACAUGUUCAACUACCUGUAACUGAAGCUGCAUCCAAACAACCAGACCCCUUCGAGGAUCUGGACCCAUGGUCGAAAUCUUCUCUGGAGCGCUAUGUUGCCAUGCUACGCAAGGAAGCAGUGGCAGACUUGGACGAAGAAAGAUACAAAAUCUUCACAGCAUUCAUGGCCAAGGAGACAAAACUCCGAGAGAUUCUCUAUAAUAUCGAGCAUGAUGAGCCUGAAAGCUCCCCAGAACCUCGUAGGGCUUCUAGUUCUGUAUCGCGAUCACCAUUACCAAGAGUUGAUGAAGAUGGGCCCGCCUUUGAGACAGGCUUGAUACCCGUCUCAUCGGAAGAAAUUCCACCUCCCUUAGCGACAGCGGCGGCAGAGGAAUGUGAUGACAUUGACGCUGAAGAUGUCGGCAGUGAGUAUAGUGCAGGCGGACGACCCAAGGUUGCUAAGCAGGCCCGAAGGGGCUCACAGUCCCAGUCAAAGCUGCCUGCACUCUCCUCGGGCUCAGAGCUAGCCGAUAAGCGACUUUCAACGUUUUCUCUUUCUUCCGAUGUACAGAAGCAACCUUUGGAGCCUCUACACAGCAAUCCUCCACGGCCUAUCUAUACGCCGUUCCAGUACACAGAAGGUCCUCAGCGAGGAUCAGACAACCUCAAGUUUGAUCGCCCAGCUCACGAGGCAUAUUCCGAUUUACGGCAAGCAUCUGCCGUGAGUGGACGGGUCAUGUCAAAUGUGCCGACUUCUACGUCUCAUCCGAGAGCCUUCACCCCUUCUUCAUUUCAAAAUGAUCGCGACGAAACUUUCCUCGGCCUGAUCCGUCAUAAAAGCACUGCGUAUUCUAAUUCAUCUGGUCGAAGCUCUGCGCCUCCUCAGACGCUGCCAGAGUCUGUGCAAAAGGCCCGGCAAACAGUACUUUUAGAAGAGCUACGCACAAUGGUCAGGACGCCAAAGGACAAGCAAUCUGAAAGCUCAUGGCAUAUCACAACGCGCGACGGACUUGACAAGUUCCCUGAUGAUUUCACCCUCAUCCAGCGCACAAUCGAUCGGUGGGAAGCAACUGCAAAAGUCCGACGAAAUGAACUGGAUCAAGAGCGUAUACGUCGUCAAGAGGAGUCAGAGGAACAUAUUGAUGAUCUCUUCAAUGGAAAGGAAAUCGGUUAUGCAGAUAUCAACACCUUGGAAGAAGAUUUCCGUCAGACAGAAGCUCGGGCUCAACUGGAAGAGGAACGACACGAAGUCGAAGAUUUCACAAAGCACGUCUUCAAUCCUUUGGACGAGGGUCUAAAAGAGGCGAUUUCGGCUCUUCGGAAACUAUACGACUCUGCUCUCAGUCAGCUUGAUCGUGAUCAGAAAGCUAAUGGCUCGCCAGUAGAGGAAUCUAGCGCAUCUGCGACCAUGAACCUGGUCAAUGACAUUCACAAUAAACUCGAGAUCCGGUUCCAGAAGCGCCUUGAAAUCGCACUUGAUUGCGAGCGGCGGCGCAAAAAGGCUGAGCGGCGACCACUGGUUUUCAUGGGUGAUAUGGCUAGCCUGCGAAAACUAGACGGAGAAUUCGACCAAAUGGAGCAACGGAACAUGUUAGAGGCAUGCAAGGACCGGGACGACCGAGCCAACCGACUCAUGGAUUCCUUCGACGAUGCGAUUCUACAUGGGCUAGGUAUAAAUCAGAGCCUCCUAGACCAGGUUGCUUCGAAAGCAGCCCAGCUAGAUCUCGCCGCUCUCCGUGCCUCCGGUCUACCUGAUUCGGAAAUUGAACAGAUUCUCAAGUCCGCAGCUGCCUUGGCAGCGUCGCUACGCGCCGACUCGGAGGCAAUUCUUCGCAGCUCUGGGGUUGCGGACAUGGCCCUGAACGACGCCGAUUACGGGGUCUCCGUCGCCGAGGCACGGUAUGCCAACUCCGACCCGGAUAUCUUCCGUCGGCUUGCCGAUGAGAAAAAGAAGGAGGAUGAUACUCUCCAGAAAGAUCUAGACUCGAAGUUGCAGAGCAUCCAAAAGGGGCCUGUGCGCAUUGAGUCCACGAUCGAGCGCCUUCUUCUUGACCUGAAGAAUGCUCCUCCAGCGGCUCCGGCCUCUCCAAUUGAGCGUCACUCUGCCUCAACGACCCCAAUUGCGGACGUACCCGUGCCUCCAAGUCUGCGCCCUUCCACUGUCGUUCCUGCUUCUGCACUGACUCCCAAGGUGGUGGUUCAAGACACAGAUGAAGACUCAGAGCACAAAGAAAGACUUCGCAGAGCGUUGGAAGAAGCCAAGAAGCGUAAUGCCAGCAAAGGCCAUUGA